AUGAGCCAGCCAGAUUGUGAUGUUAUAGUCAUUGAAGAUGAUGAUGACGAUGAUGUCGUGGUUAUAGAAGAUUCAGAUACUACAGAAGAUUCAGAUAUUACAGAAGAUUCUGAGAGCACAAUUUCUGCUGAUGAUGUAGUGAUCAUAGAACCACAUCCUCAAGGUAACCUAGAAGCAUCACAAAGGAACUAUAGACCAAAUUUGAAAAGAAAUCGCCCCAACUCAGAGGAAGUGGAGCUUAGCCCAUUGCACAAAAGGACACGAUCAUCUGAUCCAAGACAAAACUAUAUGAAAAAUCGUCAUCCAUCGUUACUGAUGCAAAACCAGGGAAAUUGUGCCCAGACCAUCCUUGUAGGAGCAUCUCUUCAGUCAGCAGAACACCCUGAAGUGCAUCAGCCAGUCCUCAGGGAGCAGGAGCCGGUCCUCAGGACAGGGGAGGAAAUCACCAAGGAGCAGGAGCAGGAGCAGGAGCAGGAGCAGGAGCAGGAGCAGGAGCAGGAGGAUAUCGAAGGCCUGGAGCAGCAGGAUAUCGAAGGCCUCAGAAUGCCGGACGAGGCCCACAGGAGUAGUCCACCCCUUCCCAGAAUCAUCUCUGCACAUUCAUUACAGCCAUAUUUUACACCAGGCAGCCAUUUUCCUGGAAUUGCUAUAAUGUCUUACUAUUUCAGUGACCAUGCUGAAAAUGACAUCAGAGGUGUCUCAUCUGCCCGAGCUAGAAUAGCAAUACCUACAGCCAUUCUGUCACAAAGGCAAAGCAGUCAGGCAAAUAACCCUGAGAUGAUGACAAAUCCAACUUUACUGGAAAAUAGUACUGGGAACACAGAUACUACCCUGCCGUAUGUCCGUGUCCCUCCUAAUGGUGGAAAACUGAAAAAAGCUGACACCCGCCUGGAAAGGAACCCUGAGAAUGUGAAUUACUCAUAUGAUUGUGGCCAAGAAACCACCUCUUCAGCUCUCUCAGUCCCUCCCAAUUUUGAAAUGCUGGAUAAAGUACAAACCACCAUGAAAGAGAGUUCUGAGAAAAUGGAUAACCCAUCUUUAUUGGAAAGGGACAAUGACCAAGAUACUUCUCCAACUACUAGCAGCCGCAUCCCCAAUUUUGGAUAUCUUGGUGAUCCAAAAAGAAAUAUCAAGAUACUUGACACCCAUUUGUUGGCAGCACAAAAGAAGGGCAACCCUACAUAUGCAGCUCGCUACUUGGCGCGUCAUCUGUUUUCCAAGGAAGUCCUAAUGUGCAGCUCAGUGGGUGGCAGUUUCCAAGGCCAUCAGCCCCUGCACCUAAACAAACUGGCUGCAAUACGAGAAUAUCUGGCAAUACACUUUCCCAACUAUGACUUGAGUGAACAUGGAAAAGAGUGGAAAAACUGUAUUUCGGAUAUCAGAUCUAUGACCUGCUGCUUAUGUUGUAGUGCCAAAAAUCUGCUGGAGAAAUGUGCUGACAAAAAUGAAGGUUCUAUCAACACUGAUACACCAGUGUUUGUAGAUCCCAGUGGUAAGAAAGAUGGCAUUGAGAGCAGUUCUAAGGCAUCUCAGCCAACAACUUCCUGGGAAAACAGAGAAAAUGAGGAUUCUCAGGAGAACAUUGACGCCAUCCAUGAAGAAGUUAGAGAACCUUCCGCUGAUAAUACAGUGAAAGCUUCUGAAGCCCUGGAAAAUUUUGGAAAUCCAUACAGAAAUGUACAGAUGCCAAAUUCAGUGCUUACUAUAGCAAGAAAAAUGUGUCUGCCAGAGCUUGCAGCUAGAUACCUCAUUCGCAUCCUGUUCACAGAAGAUGUCCUGAUAAACAGUAAAUUCUACAGUCAUACUGGGCAUGGCAUGUAUACCUUCAACUCCAACAAGACUAGUGCUCUCCGAGAGUUUCUUCAAGACAACUUCCCGAAUUUUGAUCUCGCGGAAAGCGGAUAUGACUGGAAGCUUUGUGUCACAGCUCUUAACAGCACUGUCCGUAGUGUUAGAUAUGACCUCAAGAAGUCCACAGUGAAGUCACCGCCACUUCCAGCAACAGUCCCUUCCACAAAGCCAGAGCCAUCAGACACUGACUCAGAAAACUGA